AUGCGGGGUUGGGUUGGUUCCGCGAGGGGCGUCAUCUCUGCUCCGAAUGGCAACACAUACAGACGACCUUCCUUUCUAAGAGAAGCUUCACGAGCAAAAUCGAAGCUUCAAAGCUCCCAAUUCUUCUCCCACCCAAAGAUCCGAGUCUCCCCAAUCAUCCAGAGCAACCUAAACACAAUGACAGUCCGUGCAAACAAAUUCACGCCCAAGGUGCUACUCUCUGCCCCUCGAAGAACACCUGCAACUCCUAACGCAGAGGGAACACUUGCUCUUUUCACGGUAUCGACCUACUCUUUCCAAACACACUCGAAGACCAACGAAAUCCGAGUUCUGGACAUAAAGACUGGACAGUCAAAACUUCUAGUCAGUGACUUGGGUGUGUCGGAACCAACAUGGCUUGGAGAAGGGAAUCUCGUCCUAUGGUUGAAAGGAGGAGAGAAAGGCACCACAAAUCUUGUCUUCGCAGACGCUGAGAACCUGGAGAAUAAACCAGAAAUAGUCCAGACGUUUAAUGGCUCAGUGUCCAACAUAAAAGUCACCCCAAUCGAUGCUCAAAAUAUCGCUCUUGCAGUGACUGGCCUUGCCACACCAUCCGGAGAACUAUACAAUUCAGAAACUGCAGAGAAGCCAAGGUCGACUGGCAGGGUCUAUGACAAGCUUUUUGUUAGACAAUGGGAUGCAUAUCUGACAGAGAACACGAGUGCUAUAUGGUAUACCACGUUGACGAAAGGGCUUGCGAAAGGGCCAUCCAUCGUAAAUGUAGAGCCGCUGAAGAACGCGCUGGCUGGUCAUUCAGUCUCUUUGGAAUCACCUGUUCCACCUUUCGGAGGUGCAGGAGACUAUGAUAUAAGCAAGAAUGGCAUUGUCUUCAUUGCAAAGGAUCCCAAGUUGGACCCUGCAAAUCAUACCAAAACUGACCUCUACUUCAUACCACUGAGGACCUUUAAAGAGGAACAAGCACCUUCACCGCAAAUAGUCAAGACCGGCAAUCUGAAAGGCUACAGUAGUUCACCAGCGUUCUCACCUGACGCCAAAUCUGUGGCCUUUGCUAGAAUGAAGAGCGAUCAAUACGAAUCUGACAAGCCACGUUUGCUUCUCGUCCCUGAUAUCACGGACCUUUCCAACGUUCAGGAGUUCUACGAGACCAAGGACGGUGAGGGUAAGUGGGACUUGAGACCAGAGGCCAUUGUAUGGAGCAAGGACGGCAAAGAGCUAUAUGUGACAGCUGAGGAGAAUGGCCAUGGGAAACUAUUCAAAUUGCCGGCUUCUCCACGCCAUGCAAAAGAUUUACCAACCGCUAUUAUCAGUGAUGGAACUGUCACCGAUGUCAAGGUACUUCCCAACAACCACCUUUUCAUCAGUAGCAACUCUUUGGUAGACAAUAGCGUUUACGCUAUCCACAACCCAGCAAAUACAUCUGAGUUCUCUGUUGUGUCUUCCAAUGCGAAGGGUGGUAAGACCUUUGGCUUGUCUCAACAUCAGAUUGGGGAGUUUUGGUACAAGGGUGCGGAAGACUAUAAAGUGCAUGCCUGGGUGGUUAAGCCUUCGUUCUUCAAGGAAGGCCAGAAAUACCCACUUGCAUAUCUUAUCCACGGAGGACCACAAGGGGCUUGGAACGAAAGCUGGUCAACUCGAUGGAAUCCAGCCGUGUUUGCUGAGCAAGGCUACGUGGUGGUUACUCCCAACCCAACAGGGAGCACAGGCUAUGGUAUGGACUUUCAGAACGGAAUUAGGAAUAACUGGGGAGGUAGGCCAUACGUCGAUCUUGUUAAGGGAUUUGAAUACAUCGAAGAGAAUCUCUCUUACGUCGACACCUCAAGAGCCGUCGCUCUCGGCGCAAGCUAUGGUGGCUAUAUGGUUAAUUGGAUCCAAGGACAUCCUCUAGGACGCAAGUUCAAAGCCCUUGUCACGCAUGAUGGUGUCUUCAGCACCCUCAAUCAAUACUCUUCCGAAGAGCUUUUCUUCCCGCACCACGAUUUCGGUGGAACGCUGUGGGAAAAUCGAGAAAAUUAUGAGAAGUGGGAUCCAGCAGCACAUCUCAAAGAAUGGGCUACCCCUCACUUGAUCAUCCACAACGAGCUGGAUUAUCGACUGCCAAUCGCGGAAGGACUGGCUCCGUUUAACGUCUUGCAGACAAAGGGGAUUGACAGCAAAUUCUUGACAUUCCCAGAUGAGAACCAUUGGGUUCUAAAACCAGAAAACUCUCUGGUCUGGCAUACAGAGGUCUUGGGGUGGAUUAAUAAGUACAGUGGCGUUGCGGAUGAGCAGGAGCACUUGAGGUCCAGCAUUGAGAACGUUACGAUCUAA